AUGUCUAAAACUUAUACCUCAUAUAAACUCGUCAGUAGUGAUGGAAACACACAAAAGGACAGUGAGUUUGAGUCUACAGACCCUCACCCGGAUGAUGAGGACGAGGACCCGAGACUUACAUCGUGUGGUGUGGGCUCGUGGCGACCCCAGUGGCUACAGGUGUUCGCCAGUCCCAUGUUUUUUACCAUAAACUUUGCAUUGAUUGGUAUAAUACAAGGGAUGACCGGAACUUAUUUUGUCGGAUCCAUGAGUACUCUGGAGAAGAGGUUUGCCUUUGACUCCAAGAUAUCGGGGUUUAUAUUAAUCGCCGAUAACUUCUCGCAAAUGCUGGUCAGUCCCAUCAUUGGCUACUUUGGCAGCCGUGUCAACAGACCGCGUAUGAUAGCAUCGGGUGAGCUCAUGCUAUCCCUGUCCUGUUNCAGACCGCGUAUGAUAGCAUCGGGUGAGCUCAUGCUAUCCCUGUCCUGUUUCAUGACAGCACUGCCCUACUUCAUAUACGGCGCCGGCACACACCUACUCCAUGAUGACAACCUACUGUCCAAAUUGGCCAGAAAUGAAACUCGAUAUGAGUUAUGUCCGGCCAAUCACUCGGACAUCGACUGUUCCGGUGGCAAACACUCCACUAUAUGGUUGGCCGUUGUGUUGCUAUGGACGGGUAGUUUCCUGAGGGGACUGGGAUUCACGGCUUAUUUCGUGAUAGGGAUGCCAUAUAUUGACGAUAGUGUUAGCAAAAAGAAUUCACCAAUCUACAUUAGUGUCAUAACCGCACUCAGACUUAUAGGGCCGGCCUUGGAUGACCCUGGUGUAACUCGCCGAGACCCUCGUUUCAUAGGAGCAUGGUGGAUCGGGUUUACAGUGAUCGGGAUGCUAUUAUUGUUUGCGGCACUUCCCAUGUUCCUAUUCCCCAAACAGUUCAAAAAUGCUACCGUGAAGGCCAAGGAUCUUAAGGAAAAUGUCAAAGGCAUGAGAGGUACGGCACAGGCUAUCAAAAGAUUGGCACAGAAUCCUAUACUAAUGUUUCAUUUGGUGGGCAGUACUAUACGCUACAUAGGAAUCGGAGGCUUUUAUAUAUUCAAAACCAAAUACAUUGAGUCUCAAUACCGACAAACUAGUUCAGGUGCCAGUUUCAUAACCGGCUCUACAUCUAUAUUACCUAUGGCUACAGGUAUCAUAUUAGGCGGCGCUUUAAUCACACUCGUUAAGCCCCGACCCCGUACCCUGGUCAUAUAUAUGUUUUUAGUGGAGUUAGUAGGAAAUGGGGGCAUAUUCACGGGAAUGUUUAUGGGCUGUCCACCCAUGGAGUUACAGGAGACGCGAUAUGUUAAUAAUGAAUAUUCAAUGGUAUCAGGGUGCAAUCAAGCCUGCGAUUGUACUACUAGUGUAUUCACACCUAUUUGUGCGGCAGACAAGUCAACCACAUAUUUCUCGCCCUGUUUUGCGGGCUGUAAACAGUUGGACAGACAGACCAAUUUACCCUGCUUACCACACGUCUUCUCCCAUACCAAACACGCCGAGUCUGUGAUCGCACCGAAUAUUAACGGAUACGGAAUGAACGCUAUGAUAGGGAUCGGGGGCCAUAAAUGUGGACAUCAUUCCCAUCGCAAAGCUCUUAUCCUUCGGGUCGACACUCCUAUUGAGGCAAACAUUUAUGAAAAACAUUAG